UGGUGAUUGGCUGAAGACACCGACAGGGUUUCAACAUCACUGUGUCCUCAGUGUAGCAGUGAUGGCGACCUACACGUUAAUGCGGAGUAGCCUGGGACUCUUACAUGGCCUAAAAUGUUCUUUUAAAAGUGUAGGGGCAGUUACCCAGUCGAGAGUACUGCAAAAUGCAAGGUGCUAUUCUGUUAGCCAUGUGUCUGUACAGGAGAGAAUUGAGAAGAAACGAAAGGCAGCGCUUACAGGGGGAGGACAGCUGAGGAUAGCUGCACAGCACAAAAGGGGUAAACUGACAGCGCGCGAGAGAGUGGAGCUCUUGCUGGACCCGGACUCGUUCGUGGAGUAUGACAUGUUUGUGGAGCAUCGCUGUUCUGACUUUGGCAUGGAGGCAGAUCAUAAUAAGUACCCAGGGGACAGUGUAGUGACUGGACAGGGAAGGAUCAAUGGCAGACUGGUCUAUGUUUUCAGCCAGGACUUCACCGUGUUCGGAGGCAGUUUAUCAGGAGCUCAUGCUCAGAAGAUCUGCAAGAUCAUGGACCAGGCAAUGAUGGUUGGAGCCCCAGUAAUCGGUCUCAAUGACUCUGGUGGAGCCCGCAUUCAGGAAGGCGUCGAGUCCCUUGCAGGAUAUGCUGAUAUAUUCUUGCGGAACGUGAUGGCCUCUGGUGUAGUUCCUCAGAUCUCUCUCAUCAUGGGCCCGUGUGCAGGUGGUGCCGUCUACUCGCCUGCUCUGACAGAUUUUACCUUCAUGGUAAAGGAUACCUCCUACCUUUUUAUCACAGGCCCAGAUGUGGUAAAAUCUGUAACAAAUGAGGAUGUUACCCAGGAGGAGUUGGGUGGAGCAAAAACCCACACCGCCGUGUCGGGUGUUGCUCAUCGGGCCUUUGAGAAUGACGUUGAUGCCCUUCUGAACUUGCGAGACUUUUUCAACUUUCUCCCACUGAGCAACAAAGAUCCAGCUCCAGUCCUUGAGUGCCAUGAUCCUCGUGACCGGCUGGUUCCUGGUUUGGACACUGUCGUUCCUUUUGAAACCACAAAAGCCUAUGACAUGCUGGACAUUGUUCAUGGUAUAGUAGAUGAGAGAGAAUUCUUUGAGAUUAUGCCCAACUACGCCAAAAAUAUUGUGGUGGGAUUUGCCAGGAUGAAUGGUCGGACUGUAGGCAUAGUAGGAAACCAGCCAAAAGUGGCUUCUGGCUGUUUGGACAUCAAUUCAUCUGUUAAAGGGGCUCGCUUUGUUCGUUUCUGUGACGCCUUCAACAUUCCCAUCAUCACAUUUGUGGAUGUGCCUGGAUUCCUGCCAGGCACAGCUCAAGAGUACGGGGGCAUCAUCAGACACGGAGCCAAACUGCUGUAUGCUUUUGCCGAGGCCACAGUUCCAAAAAUCACUGUCAUCACUAGGAAGGCAUAUGGAGGUGCUUAUGAUGUGAUGAGUUCCAAACAUUUGAGAGGAGACGUCAACUAUGCCUGGCCGUCCGCUGAGGUCGCAGUGAUGGGUGCAAAGGGUGCCGUUCAAAUCAUCUUCAGAGGAAAGGAGAAUCAAGCCGAGGCCGAAGCUGAAUAUGUGGAGAAGUUUGCCAAUCCCUUCCCUGCUGCUGUCAGAGGCUUUGUAGAUGACAUCAUUCAGCCCUCAACCACACGCAAGAGGAUCUGUAGAGACCUGGAGGUUCUCGCCAGCAAGAAACAGACCAACCCCUGGAAAAAACAUGCUAACAUUCCCUUAUAAAUCUUUUCUCAACACUAAUUUUAUAGCAUUUCACAACGAUAUCUGUGGUUAGAGGUUUUACACAUGGUUCAUUGUGCCUUAUUCCCACUCGUAUGCAUUAUGUAGUUAUUUAAACAUUCUCGAAUCAAUAAAACACUCCCACGGUU